AUGGAACGGAAUUUUGUAGUUUUUGUAAUUUUACAUCAACAAAAGAGGUAUAAAUAUUGCUUCCGUAUUAAGGUGCCUUACGAUCCAUGCAUAUUAGAUAAACGAGCAAAAGAAGGUGUAGUAUUUCUAGAUUUAGUGCAGUUAGCUGCAGCUAUCUGCAAAUGUGUUAAAUGUGUAAUUUUAGAACUACGUUUCUUUAAAAAAGCUGGAAAUACGUCAACCGAUCCAGAUGCAGCUGUAAAUGAAGAAAAUUCGGAUCAAAAUGCAAAAGAAGAAGCACAGAUGAAGAAAUUUCAGAAAGAGGAGAAAAGGGAUAAAGAUCAGGAAAUAAUUCAAAAGGAAGAAAUCUCAGAUAAUUAUGAAGAUCCAGCAUUAUGGGGAAGAUUAAGCGAAAAUAAAAUUAUGGAAAUAAUAAUGAAAGUUUGUAACAUUGAGGUAGAUAUUGAAAAAUUGGAUUUUUCUGCAUCUAAAGUAGUUCACAAAUCACAAAAUAGUGGAGGUUUCAAUGAUUGGAAACAUCCGGAAAAAAUUGCUGACCAUGAAAAUUCAUCCCUACAUAAAGAAAACACGCGGAUAUUUGUAAAUAGAUCCACUGUAAAAUCUCAGUAUUUCAAAAAUUAUUCGAUUAUUACUUUAGAACAAAAUACAAAUUAUUGGAGAAAUAUUUUAGAGCGGAUUGUUGAAGUUAUUAGAUUUUUAUGUUCAAGAGGAUUAGCUUUUAGUGGAAGCAACCAAAUCAUUGGAAAUAAACACAAUGGAAAUUACUUAGGAUGCAUAGAACUCUUAGCAAAAUUUAAUCCUAUUUUGCAGCAACAUUUAUUUAAUUAUGCGAAUAAGGGUACUGGAAAUGUGUCUUAUUUAUCUACAAAAAUAUGCGAUGAGUUUGUAAAAAUUUUGGGAAAUAAUGUUAGAACUGCCAUUAUCAAUGAAUUAAAAGACGCAAAAUAUUAUUCAAUAAUAGUAGAUUCGACACCAGAUAUUGCGCACAUAGAUCAAUUAACAGUUGUUAUUGGAUACGUAAACAAAAAUGGUUCAGCUGUCGAAAAGUUUUUAAAAUUUUUAGAAAAUACCGGUCAUAAAAGCGAGCAAAUGGAAGAAUGCAUUUUGAAUCUACUAUCUGAAUUGAAUAUUCGUUUGGAAGAUUGCAGAGAACAAUCCUAUGAUAAUGCUUCUAAUAUGUCGGGUAUACAUAGUGGGCUCCAAGCACGAAUCAAAUCAAAAAAUAAUCUUGCGAUUUAUGUACCCUGUGCAGCACAUUCCUUAAAUUUAAUUGGCGAAUCAGCGGCGGAAUGCUGUUUUGAAGCAACCAAAUUAUUCAUGUUUUUGCAAAAUUUGUACAAUUUCUUUGCAGCGUCAACAUCGAGAUGGGAAAUAUUAAACAAACAGCUACAGGAAAAACACAAAGUCCCUAAAACUUUAAGUGGCACGCGCUGGUCAGCUAGAGCUGAUUCAGUAAAAGCCGUGGUUUCCGGUUAUGGGGAUUUUAAAAAUGCACUUAAAAAUAUACAUGAAGAUAAUUUGCAAAAGCCCACUACCAAACUUGAAGCACAAGGAUUACUGCAUGAGUUUGCGUCACUGGAAACAGGUAUUAUGAUCGUUUUUUGGAGCGAUAUUCUUGAAAUGAUGAAUAAAACUAACAAAUCACUUCAAAACGUGGAUAUAUCCAUUGAAACAAUUGUUAAAUUAUAUAUAGCAGUAGAAGAAAUGUUGAAAUCGAAACGUAGUUCAGAAGCCUUUAAUUUUUAUAAAUCUGAAGAAGUAAAAUUUUCCGAAUGUAAUCAAUACAAACGACUUAGGAGGAGAAAACGUCAAUACGAUGAAAGCAUGUCUGAGGAAAUUGAAUUUGAUCCUGACACUGCAUUUAGAAUUAAUACUUAUUAUGUAAUUAUCGAUAAGCUUCUAGCAGAAAUUCAGAAAAGAAAACUUGCUUAUGAUGAAAUAUUUCUAAAAUUUGGAUUUCUUGUAAACUUAGAAAAUUUAGAUGAAGCAACAAUAAAAAAGAGUGCUGCUGUAUUAUACGAAUCGUAUAUGGACGAUUUAGAAGCUAAUUUUGUGGAAGAAUGCAUUCAUUUUAAACACAUACAUUUAAUUGAUGAAAUAUAUCUAUGGCCGAGCUUAUUUUAA